UGUGUUUGGAAGAAAAAGAUACAACCAUUCCCAAAACAGAUCCCACGCUUGUUAGAAGCAAUCAACCACCUUUGUCCCCUCACAAUUAACAUUCAAAUUCAAACUCACUAACUCAUCACAAUACACUUCCUUUUAUUAUUAGAGUUGAGACAGACAGAGAGAGUUGUCUGUCUAGCAGAAACAACAACUCAGCUAGAGAGAGUCUUGAGAAUCGACAUGGCCACGCUCCAGAAAUUCAAGCUCUUGGCGAUGCAGUGCGGCGUGGCUCAGAGCCCGACCCAAAGCCCAAGGACAAGCCCGCUGGUUCAGCUCCGGCAGCCCAAAACCACUCUGCGAACUCUUCUUUGCCUGAGCCCAUCACCUCGCCGGCAAGAACACGUGUUGGAGAAGAAAGAGAAGGAUCCUAUGCGGAGACACUCACUCAAGGACCUCUUUGUGUCUUCCCCGCCUAGACAGGAGGAGCAGCUGCAUGCUUCUACUCCAAUGUUGGGCUCUCUUGCCGUUGGGAACACGGCCCUUGUCGGGUCGGAUAUUUGGAGGUACCGACCCGGUUCAACCAACCCGGUUUCGACUGGUUUCCGUUGCAGGUCGUUACUGAAAAGGAAAGCUUGGCGCCCUCUGCUCCUAGCUAUUCCCGAAUAAUCUAUUCAGCCCGAGUCAAGUCAGUGCAAUUUCAACCUGAUAUCACCUUGAUAUUUUGUUCCGAAAUUUCGUCCAUUUAAUAUAUGAUAAAGUUUGGUUCUCCAUUUAUGUACUUUUAAUAUAUAAAAUUAUAAUCGCAUUUGAGUUUUGAUGAGGGUUCCUCAAUGUGUAUUAUUUUGGUUAUGGUAGUUUGUGAUAUUAGAAAUCAAUCAGAUUGUCAGUUUACAUAUAUCAAACUCUU